AGUGAAUACUAGCGUAACAGCACGUCUUGGGGGAGAAAUCUGGUAAAUGAAAGCUGUUUUUAGACAUGGAAAUCGCCUUUUAAGUGUGAUGCUGGGAAAUCCUAUCCAUGCCUUCAUCCAGCUCUGAGGAGACUCACUCACACGUCUGACCGCCGGUGGAAAGGUUGAAACUUUUGAAGACGCUGCGUGGUCGGGGGGAUCCAGUGUGAGUGAACGGUGGGAUGAAACUCUUCUUCUCUUGCUUCAUUCCUCUGCUGUCACGGACAUAUUACUCUACAUUGGAAGCCAACGGCAGCUCUUGACUAAUAAUGCGGCGUGAUUGAUCAUCGACAGGAGACAACACCACAUCCACUGCUUUCCAUUCCUACAUAUUCGCUGGAUAUCUGUAGACGAAGUGCGGGCGAAGAGGCUUUUGUUCUGCGGUGUUUCUCGCUGUGACGGGACUUAUUGUGUUUAGAUCAAUAUGACGUCUCCUGCUAAAUUCCGAAAGGACAAGGAAAUUAUAGCUGAAUAUGAAACGCAAGUUAAAGAGAUUCGAGCUCAGUUGGUGGAGCAGCUUAAGUGUUUGGACCAGCAAUGUGAGCUCCGCGUGCAGCUCCUGCAAGACCUGCAGGACUUCUUCCGCAAGAAGGCAGAGAUUGAGAUGGACUACUCCCGCAACCUAGAGAAACUAGCGGAGAGGUUCCUGGCAAAGACACGCUACACAAAAGACCCCCAGUUCAAAAAAGAGCAGAAUAUCUUGUCUCCUGUCAACUGCUGGAACCUUCUCUUGGCUCAGGUGAAGAGAGAAAGUCGAGACCAUGCCACUCUCAGUGAUCUCUACCUCAACAACAUCAUCCCACGCUUCGCCCAGAUCAGCGAAGACUCAGGACGCCUCUUUAAAAAGAGCAAAGAGGUGGGCCUCCAGCUGCAGGAGGAUCUGAUGAAAGUCCUCAAUGAGUUGUACACGGUGAUGAAGACUUAUCACAUGUACAACAUGGAUAGCAUCAACGCAGAGAGCAAGCUGAAGGAGGCGGAGAAGCAGGAGGAGAAACAGAUGAGCCGCAGCGUCCGGCAUGAAGAUAGACAGACCCCUCGCUCACCUGACUCUCUCACCAACAUCAAGAUCGAGGAUAAACACGUGCGCCGCAGCUCCGUCAAAAAGAUUGAGAAGAUGAAGGAGAAGCGGCAGGCCAAAUACACUGAGAACAAGCUGAAAGCCAUCAAGGCCAGGAAUGAGUAUCUUCUGGCUCUGGAGGCCACAAACAGCUGCGUCUUCAAAUACUACAUCCAUGAUCUGUCUGACCUCAUCGAUUGCUGUGAUCUGGGCUACCAUGCCAGCCUGAACCGUGCACUGCGUACCUACCUCUCGGCUGAGUUUAACGUGGAGACGUCCAAACACGGGGGUCUGGAAACCAUUGAGAACGCAGCAGAAAACCUGGAGGCCAACUCAGACAAACAGCGGCUCAUGGAGACCUACAACAAUGUCUUCUGUCCUCCGAUGCGCUUCGAUUUCCAGUCUCACAUGGGCGACAUGGUUGGACAUUUGUGUGCCCAGCAGCCUGUGCAGGGAGAGCUGAUCCAGAGAUGCCAGCAGCUUCAGUCUCGUCUGUCCACACUAAAUAUAGAGAAUGAAGAGGUUAAAAAGACCAUGGAGGCCACUUUACAGACCAUCCAGGACAUGGUGACCAUAGAGGACUUCGAUGUGACCGACUGCUUCCACCACAGCAACUCAAUGGAGUCGGUCAAGUCCACAGUGUCUGAAUCUUUCAUGAGCAAACCCAGCCUGGCCAAGAGACGAGCCAACCAGCAGGAGACCGAACAGUUCUACUUCACGAAACUGAAGGAGUUUUUGGAGGGCAGGAACCUCAUCACCAAACUGCAGGCUAAACAUGACCUGAUCCAAAAGACUUUGGGAGAAAGUCAGAAGACGGACUACUGCCUUGCCAGUGGACGGAGGGACUCUACUGUGCGGAAACAGGAGGCCAUCCAAAUCAUUCCCCUGAUGGUGGAGAGUUGUAUUCGCUUCAUCAGUCGACACGGUCUCCAUCACGAGGGGAUAUUCAGGGUCUCUGGCUCCCAGGUGGAGGUCAAUGACAUUAAAAACGCCUUUGAAAGAGGUGAGGAUCCGCUGGCUGGAGAUCAGAACGAUCACGAUAUGGACUCCAUUGCUGGAGUGUUGAAGCUCUACUUCAGAGGCCUGGAAAACGCCCUGUUUCCUAAAGAAGUCUUCCAUGACCUCAUGUCCUGUGUCUCCAUGGAGAGCCUCCAGGAAAGAGCUGUGCACAUCCGAAAAGUCCUGCUGUCGCUGCCCAGCAACACCCUGGUUAUCAUGAGAUACCUGUUCGCUUUUCUCUAUCAUCUGUCUCAGUACAGUGACGACAACAUGAUGGACCCCUACAACCUGGCUAUCUGCUUCGGCCCCACACUCAUGUCUGUUCCUGAGGGCCACGAUCAGGUCUCCUGCCAGGCACAUGUGAACGAGCUCAUCAAAACCAUUAUUAUUCAUCACGAGAGCAUCUUUCCAGGGCCUCGUGAGCUGGAGGGCCCCGUCUACGACCGUGGAGGAGUCCCUCAGGAAUACUGUGAUAAUCCACACAUUGAGCCCCCUCUAGUGGACGAACCUGCUCCUGACACGGGCUCUGUAAUCCACAACAGUGAUGACGUAAAGUCAGGGCCAUUGACCGUUUCAGAGUCGGACCCCAUCGAGGCCAUUGCUCGCUUUGAUUAUUCUGGACGCACCAACCGUGAGCUGAGCUUCAAGAAGGGGGCAUCUCUGCUGCUGUACCACCGUGCAUCUGACGACUGGUGGGAGGGACGACACAACGGCACUGAGGGUCUCGUGCCGCACCAGUACAUAGUAGUGCAGGACAUGCCGGAUGGAUAUGCAGGCAGAGGAAGUCCUAAAGCUGACCUUGAAGGAUCCCAUGAUUCAGGGGAAGAGAAGGUUUCCACCAGAGCCAGCGCCAGCUCACCCACUGGAGGUCAUGUGGCUGAUAUCUAUCUAGCCAACCUCAACAAGUUGAGGAAACGUCCAGAAGCAACAAGCAUCCGGAGAACCAUCCGGCCUGUGGAGGAGGGCUCACCUGGAGCAGCGGGGGGCUUAAAGACCUCCUCUAUGCCUGCUGGAGGACUGGCCAAGGACAGCUCAGACAAGCGUCCCGUCAGCGCUCACAGCGUCCUGAACUCCAUCACCAGACACUCCUCUCUCAAGACUAAAGUAGAGGGUCCUCAGGUGCGCAAAUCCACACCUACUGGACGAUCCAAGAGCUUCAGCAACCACAGACCCCUCGACCCAGAGGUGAUCGCGCAGGUGGAGCACAGCUCACAGGACAUCGAGGCCACUAUGAACACGGCUCUGAGUGAGCUGCGAGAGCUGGAGAGGCAGAGCAACGUCAAACACGCUCCAGACGUGGUUCUCGACACACUGGAGCAGCUCAAAAGCGGCGGGACGUCUGAACCGUCUAGCCCUCUCCAUUCCCGCCUGCUUCGCGAAGCCGAAUCCUCCCAGCAUCCUCUUCAGCGCAGCGCCAGUUCAGCCAGCGACAUGCCCUCCACCUUCCGCCCCGGCAAAACCACAGGCCCCAAGAGCCCUCUGUCCUCCAUGACCACCCCUUCCGGCUCCACAUUCAGAGAUAACAAACCUCCAGCCACCAGACCCAAGCCUGUGGUGUUCCCCAAAAGCAGUUCAGCCGGAGGAAGUCCGGCUAUGGGAUCUCCAACCACCACCAUCCCACCAACACCACCACCUCCACCACCACCCACCGACAAAUCCUGCCCCGUCUGAGGGUUUCCUAGUAAACAAACCAGAGGAUCGUUUAGAUUUGAGUGAGCGAGUGAGUGUUUAAUAUACACAGGAUGAUUUUACAGCAGUUUUUAGUUUGGAUUGAGACUCGGACAUCAGCCGGAUCUUCUUUUCUAAUCCCAGUUUAGAGCUUUGGAGUUAUUUUCUGUCUAUACAGACUCGUUUUAAUGGGAAAAGAACUUCUUUUGAGGUCAGACGAACUAUUCGAGGAUACAUUUUCACCUCAGACUUUAGUGCAAAUUGAAGCAGGUUGAAUUGAAACACUUUUUUUUUCCUCCUGAUAUAAAUCCGCCACUCAAAUGCAAUGACAUUUCUGGCUCGAUCCAUUCCGUCAGAUUCUACAAAUACAAUAAUCACUAGUUAUAGUUCAUAAUUCACCAUAUAACCUACACUGGCACUCUUGUUAGCCAACCAAACUAUAAACGUGACAAAUAAACACGUUUGCAUGAAGAUCCACAAGAUUUUUUGCAUGAUGAACGCGGCUUCCCAAACCAUUGGAUUCAUCAUCGAUAUUCCGUAAAUGCUCCAAAGCACUUCCGAAUUCAUUCACAGUCUGAGAUGUCAUUUUAUUCUACUAUUAUAAUAUCAGCGGGCACAUAAAAAGAGGGUGUUGUUUUGUAUAAGUCUAAUAAUCGUGAUUAUAACUGGAAACAAGUAUCUAAAAAUGAGGAAUGUCAAGCAAGCACAUUAUUUCUUCAUCGGCCCGUGUGUAAAAAAAAAAAAAAAGAAAAAACUAAAUAACAAGAAAAAUAACUCUCCCUAGGUCAUUACUCACCUCUGGGUCUGUAUCAUGGUAUCUAUGUAUUAGUAUGUGUGUUUACGUACAGUAUGUAUAUAAUGACUCUUCGUAGCAGCCUGACAGCAGUUCUUUUUUUAUUUGAUCAGAUUUACAAUGCAAAAAAAAAGGGAAAAACUAAAAGGGGACACAUGCAAAAAUGGAGCUCGCUUUCCUCUGUUUGUUUUGAGAAAGAUUAAGUGUACAAAAAGCCUCCUUAAAGAGAUAGUGCGCCCAAAAAUGAUGAUCUGCAGUUAAUUGACUCAUCCUAAGGCGAUAUUUGACUGUGUGAUGUAGAUGAAGGUCACUUUAUUUCUUUAGUGGUACAUUAGAAAUGAGUUUUAACUCAAAUUGUGGUCUUUAAUUAUACUUUGAGAGUCAAAAAACAACAUAAAGGCAGCACAAAAUUACUCCACAUGACGUACACUGGGAUUUAAUGAAGCAAAACAAUCGAUCUGUGUAUGAAACUGAAUAUUAUGUACAUUACCAUCAUUGAUCCUCACAGACUGAUCAUUUCGGAUUAGAAAACAUCAGUGUAUCAUCCAGCCUGAUCUCACGAGAAAACGUAAGUAUUUUACGUUUUGUCAGUUUAGGGGCUAAUUCGUACGAAUUCGUACGAGUUCAGUCGUACGAAAUUGUACGAUUUUAAAAAGGAGGCGUGGCACCCAACACCACCCCUAAACCCAACCGUCAUUGGGGGAUGAGCAAAUCCUACGAAAAUGUACGAAUUAGAUCGUACGAAUUCAUACGAAUUAGCCACUAAAUCAAAAAGUUACGAAUUGCCGUGUUGGAAUCAUCAUCAUGUAUUAAGUUUGUGUUGCCUCCAUUUGUUUUUAUUUUAUUUUUACUAAUAUUUUGAAAGUCAAAAAUCAACAUAAAGGCAAAACCAAAUUACUCCACAUGAUGUACGUUUUGAUUUAAUGAAGCAAAACCAUCAAUCUGUGCAUGAAUCUGAAUAUAUUAUGUUUGUGUUGCCUCCAUUUGUUUUUAUUUUAUUUUUUACUAUUGUUUUGAAAGUCAAAAAAACUACAUAAAGGCAACACAAAAUUACUCCACAUGACCUACAUUGGGAUUUAAUGAAGCAGAACAAUCGAUCUGUGCAUGAAUCUGAAUAUUAUGUACAUUAUUAUCAUUGAUCCUCACAGACUGAUCGUUUCAGAUGAUAAAACAUCAGUGUAUUAGCAUGUAUUAAGCUUGUGUUGCCUCCAUUUGUUUUUAUUUUAUAUUAUUUUUUACUUUUAUUUUGAAAGUCAAAAAACAUAAAUGCAGCUCAAAAUUACUCCACAUGACCUACAUUGGGAUUCAAUGAAGCAAAACAAUCAAUCUGUGUAUGAAUCUGAAUAUUAUAUUCAUUAUUAUCAUUGAUCCUCACAGACUGAUCGUUUUGGAUUAUAAACCAUCAGUGUAUCAGCAUGUAUUAAGCUUGUGUUGUCUUCAUUUGUUUUUAUUUUAUUGUACUUUUAUUAUGAAAUUCGAAAAACAUAAAGGCAACACAAAAUUACUCCACAUGAUGUACAUUGGGAUUUAAUGAAGCAGAACAAUCAAUCUGUGCAUGAAUCUGAAUAUUAUGUACAUUAUUAUCAUUGAUCCUCACAGACUGAUCGUUUCAGAUUAUAAAACAUCAGUGUAUCAGCAUGUAUUAAGCUUGUGUUGCCUUCAUUUGUUUUACUUUUAUUUUACUUUUAUUUUGAAAUUCGAAAAACAUAAAGGCAACACAAAAUUACUCCACAUGACGUACGUUGUGAUUUAAUGAAGCGAAACAAUUGAUCUGUGCAUGAAUCUGAGUAUUAUGUACAUCAGAGGUGCUCAACCCUGUUCCUGGAGAUAUACCUUCCUGCAGAUUUCAGUUGCCUUUGUCAAACACACCUGUCUGUAAUUAUCAAGUGCCGGUUCUAAUUAAUUGGUUCAGGUGUGUUUGAUCAGGGUUGGAGCUGAACUCUGUAGGAAGGUAGCUCCCCAGGAACAGGGUUGAGCACCCCUGAUGUACAUUAUUACCAUGUAUCUUCACAGUCUGAUUGUUUUGGAUAAUAAAACAUCAGUAUUUCAUCAUUUAUUAAGUUUGAAAGUCAAAAAAUAAACAAUAAAAUACAGGCAACACCAGAUUUCUAAACUUGACUUCAGACAGUGCAUUGAGAUUCCAUCUGAAAACGAUUGAUCUGAAUAUGAAUAUCAUAAAUAUUAUUACCUUUGAUCCACAGACUGAUCGUUCCAGUCCAUAUAACAUCAGUGUAUCAUCAUCAUGUAUUGAUUUCGUGUUGCCUGUAUGUGUUUUUCUAUUGUUUUUGACUCUAAAAGUACUAUUAGCUUUUUAAUUGUCUUUUAUGAACCAUCAAGGCCACUGAUUGAACUGAAGGUCUUGGUUAAUGUACAGUCUGAGGGUGAGUAAAUUAAACAGCAUCUCCUUUCAUUUUUGAUCGAACUCAUCCUUUAACGUCUGACAAUCUUUAUAAGAUGCCUGUCCAAAGAGCUAAAUGCCCCUCACAGGGUCUGCGUGAUUUUAUUGCCUUCGACAGAACGGAUCAGACGAGUGUGUGUUUUCCCAUAGCGAGGCCUUAUUAUGCAUGAAAACAAGUUUGUGAACGUAGACAACAACUAACUGCGACUAAUGGAAAAUAUCUGUGGAUAGACUAAGAUCUUUAUGACUGAGGCAUUGUUUUGUUGAUCUCCAAGUAACGUUCCUCGUUUUCCUAUUGUGUUUUCUGAAUGUGCCGUCAUGUUCUGAACGUCUUCACAGGUGUUUACAUUUGUUCACGUGUAAAUGAUUGGAGGUUUUGCGCGCGCGUGUGUGUGUUGUUCCUGAUACCUCAUAAAGGCAACUGGAAACUGUCUUAUUGGAGUUUUUGUGAGCAGGACUUUUACAUGCAAAUGACAGCAGGUCAUGCUUAAUGUGUAAAUGUCAAUAGUAUGCUGUUGGCCGAGGCCUACGUUUACACACAUGAUGUUUCCUUGAGUAAACUGAAAUCAAUCAUUAUACACUUGAAUCUGCAUUGUAUGUUUGUGAACACAUUUAAGUGAGGGUGAUUUUCUUCCUUCUUAUUUUCUUUGUAAUCAUAACUGUUAUUAAAAUGUAAUUCCUGUCCAGUUGAAGCAAGACUGUAAACUGAAUCGUCUUGUCAGAUCUAUUUAUAGUUGUCCAUUCUGAUGUCUGUUCCCACAGAAGCGUGUGUUCAGAUGCUGUUUUGUAUAUACAAUAGUGUACAUUGCAGAGGUACAUUGUUUCUUCUUCUUCUUCUUCUUCUUUUCAGUAUUUUGUUUGUGGGGGUUCUUAUUUUCUUCUGUUUUGGUACAAUAUUGUACAGUUACAGCAAUAGUAGUUCCACUCAAAUAUACAUUAUAUAAUUCCAUGUGUAGUUCUUGUAGUAAACAUUUUUAAAUAAAAAAAAUUGCUUGCUAAACGUGUAUUUGAUUGUUUCAAUUAAACAAAAACUGCAAAAUGUGAAAAUUAUCUCUUUUUUUUCAAUAUUACCAGCCUUUUUUCAUUUUAAAUAAAACAUAACUGACUAAA